AUGCUCGAGCCGCACCUCACUGACGGCACAUCCAAAGCAUGGACGGGCAUGGAAAAGUGUAAAGCGCUGGCCCGAUGCAUCAAGGCACGGCGCAUGCGAUCCUUACCCGAUCUCCCGGCUUCCCAGUUGCCGCCCCGAGACCUCGCCGACCAGCUUGUUGAUGCCUACCUCCGUACCACCGAAUCAAUUUAUCGGAUUCUCCAUGUCCCCACCUUUCGCAGGCAGUACGACGCACUCUGGCUUGGGGAUGGCAAACCAGCAGACGUGGAAUUCGACGCUCAGGUUAGGCUCGUGCUGGCCAUCGGCGCAGUUACAUACGACGACACAUUCUCCCUGCGUCUCUCUGCCCUGCAAUGGAUCCACGAGGCCCAGCUCCUGGUUUCACAACUGAAGUUUAAAUCAAAGCUGACACUCCAGUCCCUCCAGAAUAACCUCCUUCUGCUCUUCGCGCAAGAGCGGGUGGGUGCAGGAGGGGAGUCAACCUGGAUCGCUAUAGGCAGCCUGCUCCGGAAAGCAAUGUCCAUGGGCCUGCACCGUGAUCCAUGCAAUCUUCCCCAACGCACAACCCUCAUGGCUGAAAUGCAUCGCCGACUCUGGAACACCAUCCUGGAGCUAAAUCUCCAGGCCAGUUUGUCAUCUGGUGGGUCGCCAUUGAUCUUGCCGGGCGAUUUUGACACAGCCCCUCCGGGCAAUUUCGAUGACGAGCAGCUGGAAGUGACCGAUCCGGUAGCGACGGCAGGAUUCACAAAGACAACCAUCUCGAUAGCGCUCCGCCGAACGUUUCAGCAGCGACUCGCGGUUGUCAAGUUUCUGAACGAUCUGGGCUCACUUGGAACCUACGAGGAGGCUCUUCGUCUGGAUGCUGAGCUGCGCACGGUGUACCGAGAACUCAUUCACACGCUGCGACCAGGGGGCCAGUCUGGCCCCUCACAAUAUGAGAUGCAGGUGGUGGAUUUUCUCAUGCACCGGUAUCUCCUAUCGCUGCACGCCCCAUAUUUCGGGUCCAGCCUGCACAGCACAAACUUUCUCUAUUCCAGGAAGAUGGUGGUCGAGUCCUCUUUGCGCCUAUGGCUCGCAGCCUGUCCCUCGCCGCCUAUCGCCGGGCUGGUCGAGUUUCGGCGAUUGGUGACAUGCAGUGCGGGCUUUUACCCCACUGUGAGCCUCCAUGCGGCCUUUUUGAUUGCCGUCGAGCUCCGGAUGCAACUACAGGAGGUCGAGGGGUUGUGUCCCGUGCCUUUGCGGCCCGACCUCAUGGCCGUGCUUGAGGAGGCCAAAGCGUGGUGCCUGCGGGUGCUGGAGGCGGGAGAGACGAAUGUGAAGGGCUAUAUGCUCACCAGCUUGAUAGCAGGCCAGAUCCAGGGCUUGAUGCGUGGCCUGCGAAAGGACGAGAUAGCCAAUCUUUUGAUCCAAGCGGUGGAAGAUGUGGGAGUGACAUGCUUGCCGAUCUUGGAACGGUUAGCGGCUUCACUGCCAGAACAGGGAGACGAGGGCCCUCCAGACAUCAGGGAUGAUUGGGACUUCAUGGUGACACCGACCAAAUAG